GCUCUGAGCCUUCGGAGGUCUUUCUGCCUGCUGGUCCCCAUGCCUCUCCUCCUCUUGCUGCUCCUGCUGCCAAGCCCCUCACACCUCCAGUCCACCUGUAAUAGCUCCGAAGUGGCCAGCCAGGUGGAAGUGAGCUGUGAGAAUCUGAAGCUGAAGGCACUGCCUGCAGACCUUCCAGCAAACACCACCAACCUAUACCUGGGUCAUAACCCCCUGGCCACCUUCUCUAUGGCAUCCCUGGUGUCUCUGACUCGCCUCACUCACCUGCACCUGGAUCAUAGCCAGCUGGCUGAGCUGCAGAUGGAUACGACGCUGCCACUGCUAGAGUUGCUGGAUAUAUCCCACAACCAGUUGAAAAGCCUGCCCCCACUAGGGCGGGCCCUGCCAGCUCUCUCUAUCUUGGACGCCUCCUUCAACCAGCUGGCCUCACUGUCUCCUGAUGCCCUGGACGGCCUGAGCCAACUCCAAGAGCUCUACCUGCGCAGCAAUAUGCUGAAGGCUCUGCCCCCAGGGCUCCUGAAGCCCACACCCCAGCUGAAGAAACUCAACCUGGCUGACAACAAACUGAGGGAGCUUCCCCCUGGGUUCCUGCAUUGGACGGAUGAGCUGGACACCCUCUACCUCCAAAAUAACUGGCUGCACACAAUACCAAAUGGCUUCUUUGAGAUGCCACUGCUGCCUUUUGCUUUCUUCCAUGGCAACCCCUGGCAAUGUAACUGUGAGAUUCUCUAUUUCCGUCGCUGGCUAAUGGACAAUGUGAACAAUGUCUACGUAUGGAAGGAAGGUGUGGAUAAUAAGGCCAUGACCCCCAAUGUGACCAGUGUACAAUGUGCCAAUUUGUCCAAAGAACCUGUUUACACCUACCAAGGGAAGGACUGCCCCACUCUUGGUGAUGGGAAUGAAAACGAUGAUUAUGACAUCUAUGACGAUGAGGACAAUGAGGGUAACAAGGUCAAGUUUUCUGCCAGUACCAAAAUCCCUACAACCGACUGGGACCUACUCUACCCAGGACCUACUGCUUCCCUAGACCACCAAAUGACCUCUUUGCCUCCAACUCAAGAACACACUACCAAAGACAUCCUAGAUCUCACCACAUUCCUUCCAACUACAAAACCCACUACAAAACCCACCACAACCCCAAGCACCCCAGAACCCGCCACAAGCCCGACCACCCCAGAACCCACCACAAGCCCGACCACCCCAGAACCCACCAGAGCCCCACCCCCAGAACCCACCACAACCCCAACCACCCCAGAACCCACAACCCCAAGUGUCCCAGAACCCACAACCCCAAGAACCCUAGAACCCACCCCAACCCCAAGCUCACCAGAACAUAUCAACUUCUCAGUAAUCACAAAACUUCCUCAAUCCACCACAACGAUCCCUGAAACUACCGACCUCCCAAAUGUCAGUGGGUUGGCUCAAGGGACUUUGGAUAGCUCCAGAAAUGACCCUUUUAUCCACCCUGACUUUUGCUGCCUCCUCCCCCUGGGCUUCUAUGUCUUGGGUCUUCUGUGGCUCCUGUUGGCCUCUGUGAUCCUUAUCCUGCUGCUGACCUGGGUCCAGCGUGUGAAACCACAGGCCCUGCACUCCGCACAUCUGGAGCUGCAGAGAGGAAGGCAAGUGACCGUGCCCCGGGCCUGGCUGCUCUUUCUUCGAGGGUCGCUCCCCAGUUUUCGCUCCAGCCUCUUCCUGUGGGUACGGCCUAGUGGCCGUGUGGGCCCUCUGCUGGCAGGACGGCGGCCCUCAGCCCUGAGUCUGGGUCGUGGUCAGGACCUACUGGGCACAGUGGGUGUCAGAUACGCUGGCCACAGCCUCUGAGAGUGGGUGGUUGGGGGACCUGGAGGCUCCAACGGGCUUUCUUACUGGGAUCUAGCUGUGGGUGGGUGGGUAAGAGCACAGGGUCGGGGGAGAUCUUAUGACUUUUUCUUUCUCAGAAGCCUCCUCUUCACACCCCAGGCACAGAACCUCAGACCCCACAAGCAAGGAACGGUGGUGAGAUGGAGGCAGAUUUGGGUGGGUCAUAGAACAAGACAUCCUAUGUCACGUGGGGGGUGCCCAGACCAUGCAGCCAUUGCCAU